UUUAUUCAAUCAUUCGGGGCUAAAAAUUACGUGAGAAAAAAAAUGAUACAGCACGCACACGCUCUUUCGGUGAGCGUUAAGGUGUUUCAUUUAAGGUUAAUAUGCAUAUGAAAAGUCUUUCUUCAGACAGAUAUAUUGAGUAUUGAAGAAACCUUAAUCAAUCUUCUACUAAAGCUUUGCACUCCCUAGUGCACGCCCUUGUGCCAAACAGUACAGUUACCCGACCGCUUGAAUCCCCACGUGGUGUCUCGCCUCGUUUCUGUAAAACGUAGAUAUGUACGAUCGAUUCCCUAGGCCAGUUUGGAUGUUGCUUGAUUUCCAGCUAGAUUAGCAUAAAUUUAAAAGCACCAUUAGCGUGACUGUAAAGUUUGUGCAUCGACCUCAAGCAUAAACGUCAAUUAGUUAGCUCCUGCCACGCUGGUGGACCAUCUUUUGUUGUUGACGUUCUGUUGACGACCAAGAACGCACCAUGUCUUUGCAUGGUACGUUGUUGCAGUUGGUAUUUUGAACAUGGGAAAUUGAUUGGAAUCUCUACAGAUAUGAAGAGCAUUUUGGAUCUGCAAUGAGUAGGACUGACUCACUUCCCGUCACUGAACCACAUACACCAAAGACGCAUUUAUCUACAACUGAGAUCAAGACUAGCACCUUAGCAAAAACAGCAGCAACAACAACAACGGCAGUUUCUUUCAUAAACAGCACAAGCCUGUUUGGUGGUAAUGCAACGACUCCCAAUGCCACUGCUUUUGCUCAAUCAUUAAACACAACAGCAAACUUUACAAUAUCUGUAAACACAACAGCAGCAACAAAUAAUACAAUAGAGAACGUAACACAAAAUACAACAGCAACGACAAGUUCAAUGCCGCCAAAUUCUACCCUACCUUCGAGUACCAAAGAAAUUGUCAAAACGACAAAGCAAGCCACAACAAUAGCAACAACAACAACAACAGCAACAAAAGCACCAACAACAACAGCAACAGCAACAACAACAAAAGCAUUGUCUACCACUAAUCGACCAACCACUACUCAAUCGACUGAGACGAUGUCAACAACAGCAUUACCUGAAGCGACCAUAAAAGCAACAACAACAACUAAAGAAACAACAAAAGAAACGAUAUUGGAAACAACAAUCACUGCACCAACAUCAACUACGGCAAACCCAACAAGUUCAUCAUUGGGUCCUAAGGAAUGCAAAGAAACCAUUCAAGGAAGAGAGUAUCGUGGAUUACUUUCUAAAACAGUCACUGGGGUAGAUUGCCAAAGAUGGGAUCAACAAGUUCCGCACUAUCACUCGGUGAGUCCACAGGACUUCCCAAAUAGUGACCUCGAAAGCAACUACUGCAGGAACGCAGAUGGAGAGCCAUCCGGACCAUGGUGCUAUACGAUGAACCCUGAUAUACGCUGGGAGUACUGCAAUGUUCCAUUCUGCACUUAGCCCUACGCAUUACAGAGACAAAAAAACACUUCUUGAAACUUCUUGGGAAAAAUAUGAAAAUAAAAGGAAA